UUUAGGGUUCUCAUCUCUGUAGCCCUAAACUUUUUUAAUUUCUGUUUCUCUUCUCUUUGUUUGAUCAAUUAGUUUCUAUGGCGCCUAAUAAUAUUCCUAUGGGUUUCAAGUUUCGUCCAAGUGAUGAAGAAUUGUUGGGAUAUUAUCUUCUUAACAAGGUUCGUGGCUCAUCGUUUAAGUAUGAAAAUGUUAUUCCGGAAUUUGAUCUUUACGGUCGAAUAGAGCCGUGGGAUAUAUGGAACCAAUUUGGCGGAAACAAAUUAGAAGAUGGUGACGACCUUUAUUUCUUCACCAAAUUGAAGAGCUCGAGUGCCAAGAAUACCCGCAUGGCUCGCACCAUAGGAUCUGGGUCAUGGAAAGCUGAGAACUCAGGAAAAAUGGUCCCUGAUCCAAAGGAUAAGAAGAACGAUUUAGGUAUGUGGAAAAGGUUACAUUAUGAAAACCCUAAAUCGGAUCAAAACGGUUGCUGGAUCAUGCACGAGUACAGCCUUCGUCCUUCAUUGGUGAAGCCCAAACCAAACUCAACUCAUCGGUUUGUGGUCUGCCGGAUUCGAAAGAACCACAUCAGGAAGAGAAAGUUUACGUCGACAGCUGCAAAAGAAACUCAUGGCAUUCCAUCUCUACAAUCUCAAAAUAAGAAGCAGAGGCAACAAGAGACUAGCUUUGACGAAUAUUUAAUUGGAGACCCCACUCCCAUGUCUCAGGCUAUUGGAGGAGGGCCCACUGAGACUCAAUCUCCGCAAGACUGCCCUUUUGCAUACCCAAUAACCAUGGUUGAUGAUGGUGAUGUUCUAAUGGGAGGUUUCUCACCUUUGGUGGACAGCGCACAAUCAUUCACGGAACAAGCAGAGUUCGGAUCAUAUAACCAAGAGAGGACAGAAUGUAUUAUUGAAUUUGAUGAGACUCAUGCUACUCAACAAGGCCUCACUGACAACAAUAUUGGAGCUGCGGCAACAGAAGAAACAGGCUGUCAAUUUGGUAGUGAAAACAGCCAGUCCGAUAAUGUCGACUUCUCGAUUGAUUAUGGUUGGCUCCACCACUUGAUCCAGGUUGAUGAUGAUGAUGUUACUACAGCCACACCAUCGGGAUCACAAAGCAUCCACCAGUCUGCAGUUAAUGAUGAAGAUAGGCCUGCAUAUGACCCAUCCUCCCAAUCACUCACCGCUGAGUCUGCACUUGAAUUUGGGAUGUCAUCAGAAAAUCAAACUGGUGCUCAACUUGGAGUUGGUACUGAAAGUGCUCAAGUCAAUGCGUCAGAGUUCCAGGUUCACAAUGAAGAUAUGCUUGAUUUCCUGAACACUGCUACUUUUGAUCAACUGGUGGACUUGUUCCAGUUUCCUGAUGAUGAUGAUGAUGAAGUGCAAGCUUUCACCACAGAGUCAUCAGUUAUGGGAAUAAUGGGGUAGUGAGAUGUGAACAUGUAGAUUUAGCAGUUAAUUUCCACAUUUGUGAGAUCAAUGUAACUCUGUUUUUUGCUACAUGGAUAUAUAUAUAUAUAUAUAUAUAUAUAUAUAUACACACACCUAA